AGUUAUAAUCGGCGCCAGCGCGGGCAACGAAUAAGUAAAACUGCAGUCAUCUUUCUCUGUUUAAUGUUGGCACCAAUCAAUCAUUGAUGCCCAGGCCCACCAAAGCUCUUAUUUCAGUGGAGAGAAUUUUUGCUCCCGUGUAGGAAGCACCACUACAAUCGUCGUCGAAGGAAGAAAGACCUCCCAUCGACGACCAACACCAUGGCCACCAACCCAGAAUCCGAGGGCCUUCUGGACGCCACGCUCCCUGUGAGCUGCGGCGUGCUGCUGAUCGGACUGGUUUUCCAGCUCAAGUGUCGCGAGGUGCCCCUGGAAAACGCGAAACUGCCGGCGAUUAGCGCCGCCUUGAAGCCGGGCACGGAGGAGUUCGGGGUGGCUUUCGGGCUGGUGGCCCACUCCCUCUUCAUCGUCGGGCUUAUCGCCUUUGCCGCCGGGCUGCUGGUCCUCGGACUGGCGCUCAAGUUGGCGCCGCAGCUGGCGGUAAGUUGACCACCUUUUGUUUCCGAUGAAAAGCGAUUCAACUCCCAGUCUGUGUCUGUGAUAGGUGCGCCCUUCGUAAAACUAGUAGAAUCUUUUGCAUAAUAUCAUCCACUUCCAUGUUCUUGAUUGUCCCACCUUAUCAGGUCUUCCCGAUGUUUGGCCUGAUUGUCUCCCUCCUCUGGUUCAUGCGGAUCGCGGAGAAAUCGCCCAUCGGACUUCCGGGGUUGAAGGGGCCGCCGCUGCCGGCUCUGGUGAUUAACACGACCAUUCUGCUGGUCAUCCUCAUCAACAUGAUCGUGAACUGGGAUUACCUGGAGUUCGUCACCGAAAGUGCGGACGGUUUCGAAAAUUUCUCGGCCCUCGCCCGCCUCAUCCUCGUCUCCUGUCUGACCCUGGUUCCCCACCUGAUCGCCUUCAAGCACCGGCAAAUCGACUGGAAAGUGCAGCCCGCGGGCGUGACGCCGCAGUAGAUCAGAUGCUACUAAAACAAGUCGCACUACUAGUAUCUCGUGUGGAAAAUUCAAAUUACUGCUUGACACCAAGAAGAAGAAAUUCGAAGAAGAAUUUGAAAGCAUUCAUCUUGCAAAUCAAUACACCAGAAGUUUGAAGUAUACCUUCUACCACGUUCUUGUAAAUAGACUUAUUUUCCCUGUAGGAUUCAAGAGGUCUGCGCUCGUCUCCUGUCUUCAUCCUGAUUCCACCACUUGUACCCUCACCAACAGGCAGCUGCAAGGAUUGUUGGAAUAGUCUUUCCUUUUCGCCGGCAUAAUUGUAGUUCCGGUUUGGUGGUUCCAAGGACUAGGUGCAGGCGGCGGAGGAAGACGAGUAAACUGCAACAAGGCGAGCCUCCGAGCAGCAGUAGUACUACUGUGUCCUUCGCGCCCCCCCGCUGGUGGUUCGCGACUACCUUCGGAAUGAUCAUGGGCAGUGUUGUAAAAAAGUUGAAAUUUUAAUGCCUUUCGUCGCCUUUCACGGAGCAGUUAAGAGGUAAAAAGCAGCAGCUGCCUCAUGAAACAGAUGAACCACGAACCAGUCUCAUUACCGAGUCAAGCGUUUCUACUGGAGUAAAAAAUUUGAAAAAACGACUCCUACUAUUGCAGCAAUCAACCCUAUCUUGGACCACGAAGACUGACGCGUGUCACCAAAUAAAGGUUUCUUCUCAAAUGAAUUUGUGUACAACCUGAUGAACACAUCGUCAGCAAAGACUUCCGGCAAGAAAGAUGGUCGUGCAAGAGGCCCUGUCGCUAGUCUAACGUUUUCUUCUAUGUGCUAGCGAGCAC